GCAGGUUGUAAACAAUGAGCCCCGACUAUCAGACCGUCCUCCAGCUUUUUGUCCAACAAUGUACCUGUGACUGUGUUCAACUACUCAAAAGCUCGUCCUCACGCACGAAACAUGUUACUCUGGAGCUGAAGUAUGGAGGCAGUUUUGACCAGGCUGAAGGAACUGACCGCUGAUCAACUGCGUGAGGAAUUUGCCCGAGCAGACCUGAACUGCGGCCCCAUUACCGCCACCACUCGAGCCAUCUUCGAAAGGAAAUUGGCCCGAGCGCUCGCUGGUCCGGAAAGGAGUACCACCGACUCGGACGACGCGAGGGGCGCAGAUGGCUUGGCUUCGGUGGGUGACCAUGCCAUACCUCCACCGUGCGCCAAAUCAGCCGAUGCAGUAAGCAGAAGCUCAAAUGAGGAGCUGGACUUCGGCUAUGGUGUGGGUCUCAACCCGCCAGAGGAAGACGAGAUCUCAGCAGGGGCUUGCAACAGCUCUACUUGUCAAUCCGCAAUGGAAACCACUUCAAAAGACGAACAGGUGUCCCCAGCUUUUUAUUAUGGAGUAUGUCCUCUGUGGGAGGAUAUUUUAUCUCGAAAUGAGCGAUCACUUGUGUAUACGGACAAGAAAGAUGCCCUUCAAGCUGUGAAGGUGAUGAAGGGCGCACGCUUUAAAGCUUUUUCCAACCGUGAGGAUGCGGAGAAGUUCGCCAAGGGGAUGUGUGACUAUUUCCCCUCUACGAGCAAAUCUACAACCUGCGUGUCUCCUGUAAAACCAGGCCAGGUCUUCAAUAAAGACAACAUGGAAGUGGAUACCAUUAACCGGGAGCGGGCCAACAGUUUUAAGAGCCCACGCACACAGGACCUAACCACCAAGCUGAGAAAACCUGCGGAGAAGGGAGAUGAGGCAGCCUUCAGUGAGCUGGUCUGGAGCAACCCACGCUAUCUCAUUGGCUCAGGCGACAACCCCACUAUUGUGCAGGAGGGCUGCAGGUAUAACGCAAUGCACGUGGCGGCCAAGGAAAACCAGGCGGGCAUCGCCCAGCUUCUGCUGGACACCUUGGAGAACCCGGAGUUCAUGCGCCUCAUGUACCCGGACGAUGACGAAACCAUGCUGCAGAAACGCAUCCGUUAUAUUGUAGAUCUUUACCUCAACACUCCAGAUAAGGCCGGUUUUGAAACACCACUCCACUUCGCCUGCAAGUUCGGGUGUCCAGAGGUGGUCAAUGUCCUGUGUUCGCAUCCAGAUACUGAUAAGAACAGGAAGAACAAAGAUGACUUGAAGCCUUGUGAUAUUAUCUGUAGCAGAAAGAGCCAAACCCCGGAGGUGAGGCAAAAAAUAAGUGAUUAUUUAGAAGACCGCUGCUACGUCCCCUUGCUGAGGGCAGCAGACAACACCUCUCAACCCAUCAUCGGUUCCUUGUGGUCUCCUGAAUCCUCAGAAAGCCUCUCACUGAUCCAACGACACACAAAAAGCCCGAGGGAUCCACUGAUGACUGUCACAGCCUUUGCCGGCCCACUCAGUCCUUCAAAGGCGGAUGACUUUCGCCGCUCCUGGAAAACUCCACCUCGAAAUCGAGGGCCGCAUUUCCAUAACAUUUUGAAGUCGGACCCCGACCGUGGAGCAGAGAGAGUUGGCAGAGAUCUGGCUCAUGAGAUGGGUCACCCCUGGGCCGAGUAUUGGGAUUUUCUCGACAGUUUUGUGGAUCUAUCGUCAACCGAGGGACUUCAUAAGAUGGAAGAAUACCUGAGCAAGAGAGAUUUCUGCCCACGGACUCGGGAAGAAGCGGAGAAUGAGAACAGCAACAGAUUUAGAACACCCUCCCCAGGCAAGCCCAAGAAGUUCUGCAACUCCAUCUCCGUCGGUGCCUUCCUGGAUGAAGGCGAGGACAUCAGCCUUGAGGAAAUCAAGAACCGGCAGAACGCGGCGCUCACCAGCAUCACCUCCUCCGCCGCCUCCAACGACAGCCUUUUGGGAGCGGCGGGAGGUCACGACUUCCGCAUCAUGCCCAUGGCGCUGCAGUACCGGGGGGCCGACCUGAUCGAGACCGCGGCCGAGCGGGACCCGCUGUGCUGCUGCGACCACGGCCUCCUGUCUCCCGGCGUCGUCUGCCAAAACGAGGUGUGCGCCUCCUCGAGAGAGCGGACGUUCAACGGCGAAGAGAUGUUUCCUCAAAGCUCCCAGUCUUCCUGCGGCCUGCUGUCGCCCGUCUCCAACCUCAUGAUGGAGUUCGAGCGCAUGUCGCUGCAAGAACCCUCGGACCACACCGACGCCGCCUUCAGCGCCGACCUGAGCUGUGGUCUGAAGGGGCUGUCUCUUGGUCACGGCAGCCCCAGCAGGGAGGUCCUGGAGGGAGGAGGAGGUGCGGAGGAGCGGCACAGCAGCAGCAGCAGCUCAGAGGAGUUCUUCCAGGCGGAGGACGGAAGCUCGGAUACAAUGAGCAGGACAAGGGGGGCCACUUCAGGGGUGCGGAACGUCUGCGCCAGAUCGAAAUCGUGGGACCACGGGGGGAGGGACCUGAGCAGCUCGGGGUCUUCGACGUCUUCUUACAAGUCCUUGGACAACUCCCAUGAGUUCCUGCCGAGGACCCCGCCUCACGUCCGGAAAGGACUCUUCAUCAUGGGAGCGUCUCCGAGCAAGUUGGACAGGCAGGUGUUGUCGGCCAUGGAAGGUGUGGAGGUGGAGUCUCAAACAUAUCCCAGCAUUCACAAGUGGAUGAGCACAAUAAAGUCCUUCUCUGCCUCAGACAUGCAAAGCUGGCCGAGCCCCGCGGUGGGAAGACCGGGCCUGGCGAUGCAACAUCAGACUCCGGGCUCCUCCUCGGCGGCGGCGAGCGGCCCCCCCAUGUCUCCCUCGGCCCGCUUCGGUCCCGCCUGCCACUCGGCCUCGCCGGACUUCAGCCCGAGCCGCUUCAGCCCCGCCAACGCCAGCUACCUGCAACGUAUCCUCCUCAAGCACUUGAACGAGCCCUCCAUCUGACUUCAAUAAGUCCACUACCAAGCCUGACUUUACAGACUGGAAUAAUACGGAUUCAAAAUAAAAAAUCAGCAUAUGUAAAUGUGUGUAGUUAACUGGUGCGGAUUUAAGGUGAUGUUAUUUGUGACGAGUGUGUAUCAUAACCCAAGUCAACAUGUUUGGAUAUUCACACUUGACAGAAAUGUUUCAGUGUGACUUCAACAUAUCCUUAAAAUUUAUUUUUUUGUAUGUUGGUCAGUAGCACAAAUGUUUGUUUUUUUAAAUCAAAAAGGUGUUAAACCGACUGCCAUUUCCUGCAUUUCCUCAGUUCAGAAUUUGCCUUAAUUUUCCUGAACUGAAGGAUUAUUUUGGUCACACUAAAAAAAAAAACAUCUGAAGACUAACGUUGAAUUUUACGGAGCCCCUAAAGGGACAUGGGGGGAAUAUUUUUUUAAUAAU